UUCGCGUCCCGUUCUCGCCGUUCUGUACGUCCCGUUCCGCGAGUGAGCCAGCGUAGAUGCAGUAGAUGUGCUCUCGGCGAGCUGCGUGAACUGUUGGGUCUUCGGUCGAGUGCGGGCGUGACUGAAAAGUCGCGACGGUUUCGAGCGAGCCGGUUUCUGUUGCUGUUGGCUGGGCUAAUAGCUAUUAUGACUUGCGGAACGCUGGAGGAUUGAGUAAAAGCAGAUCAGCAAGACUCACCGAGCUGCACGAUGAACUCCCUGCGAAAAUGGUUCUACAGACCGAAGAAGGAGGACAAUUCGGCCCUUGCACAGUUCUACUGGGCUGAUCAAGAGCUCAAUCUCGUGGCUACCGAGUUGGACAGCUUUGAUGGCCGAAAGGACCCAGAUCGAUGUUCUGCUUUGAUCAAUCAGCUUCGUGUCUGUCAGGAUAGGGUACUAGGGAUUUGCCAUGACAUCAUGGAUGAAGCCAUCCCUGAUGCUCGAGCGAAUCGUGACUUUCGUGCAAAGUUUCCUGAUGAUGUGCUCCAGGAAAACAUGUCUGGCCUGCUUUGGUUUGGUGCUGAGUGUCUUGCUGCUGGCUCGAACAUUAUGAACAGAGAGCAGGAGAGCUCUCAGAUGCGGCCAUUGGCAAGGGCUCUUACAAGGUCUUUGGACAACGUUCGCUGCCUUUUACGUGAACAGUGCCUUCGAAACCCGCAUGAAUACCCGGAAAAGCUGAAAGAAUCAUUGAAGACAUUUGACAGGCUCUUUGCUGAAUUUGAAUUGAGUUAUGUGAGUGCUAUGGUACCUGUGAAAUCUGCCAAGGAAUACCACUUGCAACAAGAAGUUGUGGUGUUGUUUUCAGAGACAUUGCAAAGAGCGAUUGAAGUAAAGCUAGUUCCCCAGGAGAUGGUGGAGACGUAUGAUCCAGCACUCAUGUUCACCAUUCCAAGGCUGGCUAUUGUUGCUGGGCUGGUGCUUUUUUCUGAUGGCCCUUUGAAUGUUGACAACGACUCUUCAAGCCUUUCAGAAUUGUUUCGGCCAUUCUACAGUCUUCUAUGCAAAAUCCGGGAAUUGCUGUGGACUUUGUCACGAGAAGAGCUUUGGCUUCUAGAAAAAACCUUAUGCCAACUUGAAGAGCCUAAAGCGUGUGUCACCUCAAAACAGUGCUCAUUUGGUACAGACGAAUAUAUAGGACUGGACUCUAGUGUGUGCGUCAAACAUUUCUACAGCAGUUAUAAUGGCUGUAAGCAGUUCAUCAAAGACUUUUACAACCACAAUUUUGGUGUAACCCCAGAGAGUGAGCCUGUCCAGCAGAUGCAGAAGCAUAUUCGCGAGCUUGGUCUAGAGACCAAAGAGUUCUGGGCUGUUAAACACUCCAGUCCACUAGCUCGGAAAGUUGUGGCAGCAUCCCAGUGUCCAUCUCAGAAUGCCACUUCACCGCACAAGCAGCAACCGAAUGCUGUUGACAGUGAAAGCAAUGCAAGUUAUGACUCGGACGACAGUGUGGUCUCUGAAAAUUGGUGGCCUCUCUUCAGUGAACCCCUGCAGGCAGGGGCGUCCGCAGGUGCUUCCACAGAGCAACAGCAGCCAAGGCAGAGCCCGUGCUUGCGCAGAUCCUCCAAAACAUCAAGUGCGUCUGACCGUGUGCCUGUAGUGCCACAGAUUCGGCGGCUCCAGAAUGAAGAGCGCUCUCUGCCAUCACCGUGCUCAAGUUGCAAAAGUUUGUCAAGUCUUUCAAGUGCUGAAUGGGAGUGCAUGAGUUACCAAAGUACAGACACCAGUUCCUACAACUCUGAUUACCCUGAUGAUGAAGAAAUAGCUCUGGCUCUACAGGCUGCUGAAAUUGCAUUUCACAAUGAGCUUCGUUGCCGGUUCAAGAGCACCGAUGACCUUAUUCAUAGACUCUUUGUGGGCAUUUCCGGUGUGGCCGACCAGCUACAGACAAACUUCGCCGGCGAGAUGAGAAACAUACUGAAGUGUGUCUUUGAAAUGAACAGCUCAUCCAAGCAAGACUCCUCUGCCAUUUCCCUGGACACAGAGAGCCCUAUGGAGCGGAGCAGUGUCCCUGAGCGUCCCCUCUUUUCACUCUCGUUUGUGGAUGCUGUGGAAUUUGAGGAGGAAGGAGAGCAGCGUGGUAGCUCUGGCCGCCAUUCAGUGGACAGUGCCGAGGAGGUGUUGCCCGAUGAGCUUUCACUGGAACUAUCCUCAGAAUCUGGGCACAGAGGUAGCCCAGUCUGGAUGCCAGAUGAAUUCACAUCCAACUGCAUGGACUGUAAUGCCCACUUUACACUGCUGCGCCGCAGGCAUCACUGCCGAAGAUGUGGAAAGAUCUUCUGUUCCCGGUGCAGUGCACAUUCAAUAACACUGCCUCGCUAUGGUCACUACAAGCCGGUGCGUGUCUGCAAUUCAUGCUUCAUCUGCCGUGUGACAUCUGUGGUGGAAGAAAUGGCUCAUGGCUGUUGACCAACGUUUUUUUCUGUGGAGAAGACAAGAGUUGGUGGCAAGCUUUUGCAGCAAAGGGGCCCUUAGAUGCCUGUGAUUGAGAACCUGCCAAGUACUGCUACAUCUGCCAUUGGCCAUGAUUGAGUUGAUGUGUCAAACAUUUGUUCAUAUUGCAGUCGUGGACAUUUUCUAGUCUUAUAACUGUGUACUAACGCUAGUGCCGAUAAAACUGACAUCCUGUGCACGUGAA